AUGUUGCAGCCACUACCAGAGAUAGCUGAGAGUAUCAAUGAUGUUAUCUGUCACGAACUCUCCAUGUGGCCUGAAGAUGCUAAUGAUCUGUUGCUGAUAGUAGAGGCAAUAUCUAGAGGAGACUUGAAAUUAGUACUAGCUGCUUGUGCCAAAGCUGUUUUUGAGAACAACCUCCUAAUGGCAAGAUGGUGUAUGGGAGAGUUACGAGGCAUGGUUUCCAUAUCCGGUGAGCCCAUCCAGAGACUUGGAGCUUACAUGUUAGAAGGGCUUGUAGCUAGACUCUCUGCCACUGGUAGUUCCAUAUACAAGUCUCUCCAAUCCAGAGAACCGGAGAGUUAUGAGUUCUUGUCUUACGUCUAUGUUCUGCAUGAGGUUUGUCCGUAUUUCAAGUUUGGUUACAUGUCUGCAAAUGGAGCCAUUGCAGAGGCAAUGAAGGAUGAGGAGAGGAUCCACAUUAUUGACUUCCAGAUUGGACAAGGGAGCCAGUGGAUUGCUCUUAUUCAAGCUUUUGCAGCUAGGCCUUGUGGAGCUCCGAGUAUUCGAAUCACCGGGAUUGGUGAUGAUGGAUCAAACUUGGUUACAGUGAAGAAAAGACUAGAGAAGCUAGCGGAGAAGUUCCAUGUCCCAUUCAAGUUCAAUGCGGUUUCAAGAACCAGCUGUGAAGUGGAAGUUGAAGAUCUUGAUGUUCGGAAAGGAGAAGCACUUGGAGUGAACUUUGCUUACAUGCUUCACCACUUGCCGGACGAGAGUGUAAGCAUGGAGAACCACAGGGACAGGGUGCUUAGGAUGGUGAAGAAAAGACUUGGAGCUUACAUGUUAGAAGGGCUUGUAGCUAGACUCUCUGCCACUGGUAGUUCCAUAUACAAGUCUCUCCAAUCCAGAGAACCGGAGAGUUAUGAGUUCUUGUCUUACGUCUAUGUUCUGCAUGAGGUUUGUCCGUAUUUCAAGUUUGGUUACAUGUCUGCAAAUGGAGCCAUUGCAGAGGCAAUGAAGGAUGAGGAGAGGAUCCACAUUAUUGACUUCCAGAUUGGACAAGGGAGCCAGUGGAUUGCUCUUAUUCAAGCUUUUGCAGCUAGGCCUUGUGGAGCUCCGAGUAUUCGAAUCACCGGGAUUGGUGAUGAUGGAUCAAACUUGGUUACAGUGAAGAAAAGACUAGAGAAGCUAGCGGAGAAGUUCCAUGUCCCAUUCAAGUUCAAUGCGGUUUCAAGAACCAGCUGUGAAGUGGAAGUUGAAGAUCUUGAUGUUCGGAAAGGAGAAGCACUUGGAGUGAACUUUGCUUACAUGCUUCACCACUUGCCGGACGAGAGUGUAAGCAUGGAGAACCACAGGGACAGGGUGCUUAGGAUGGUGAAGAGUUUGUCACCUAAAGUGGUCACUCUCGUGGAGCAAGAAUGCAACACGAACACUUCUCCUUUCCUUCCUAGGUUCCUCGAGACGUUGAGUUACUACACGGCCAUGUUUGAGUCUAUCGACGUGAUGCUCCCGAGGAACCACAAGGAGAGGAUCAACGUCGAGCAGCAUUGCCUGGCGAGGGAUGUGGUCAACAUCAUAGCUUGUGAAGGAGCUGAGAGGAUCGAAAGGCACGAGCUUCUAGGGAAAUGGAAGUCGAGGUUUUCCAUGGCCGGUUUCGAGCCGUACCCGUUGAGCUCGUUGGUUUCAGCCACCAUUAGAGCUCUCUUGAAAGACUACAGCAACGGGUAUGGUGUUGAAGAAAGAGAUGGUGCUUUGUACCUUGGUUGGAUGAACAGAAUCUUGGUCUCAUCUUGUGCAUGGAAGUGA